GUGCCGUGGCCGGUGAGAGGGUCCCAAACAUUGUCAGUGAGGAGGAAAAGCGAUACGCAUCAACAGCUGCAGGGCAGCUGGAAAAGGCUCCCAGGGACAGCUUACAAAGACCCACAAUACAACAAGUCCCUCUUGGUCCGCAGGAAAGCUUACAGUCUGGAAAACACGGCAUAAAAGGAAAAGGAGUUGCAAUCUACAGACCGGCCAUGGCUGCUGAAUCUCCCCGCCGCCCGAGUCGCUGUACUGGAGGAGUGGUGGUUCGCCCGCAGGCUGUCACGGAACAGUCAUAUAUGGAAAGCGUGGUUACAUUUCUGCAAGACGUUGUACCGCAGGCCUACAGCGGCACAACUCCUACAGAAGAAAAAGAGAAAAUCGUAUGGGUUAGAUUUGAAAAUGCUGACUUGAAUGAUACAUCAAGGAAUGUGGAAUUGCAUGAGAUGCACAGUACCGGCAGUGAGCCGCCUUUGCUGCUAAUGAUUGGCUACAGUGACGGGAUACAGAUAUGGAGUAUACCUAUCAGUGGUGAGGCUCAGGAACUCUACUCCAUCCGGCAUGGCCCUGUCCGAAUCGCCCGAGUCCUACCAUCCCCACAGAUCAGUCCUCAGAAGAGUGAUAACUUUGCAGAGAAGAGACCUCUCCUUGCAGUGUGCAAAAGCAUCGGAUCUUCUGGCACCAGCCCACCUUACUGCUGCGUCGACCUCCAUUCCUUACGGACAGGUGAAAUGGUCAAAUCCGUACAGUUCAAGACCCCGAUUUAUGACCUCCACUGCAACAAAAGGAUCCUCGUGGUCGUCCUGCAGGAGAAAAUUGCUGCCUUUGACAGCUGCACCUUCACCAAAAAGUUCUUCGUCACAAGCUGCUAUCCUUGCCCUGGGCCAAACAUGAAUCCCAUCGCUCUAGGAAGCCGGUGGCUGGCUUACGCUGAGAACAAGCUCAUCCGGUGCCAUCAAUCCCGCGGCGGGGCCUGCGGAGACAACAUUCAGUCCUACACCGCCACGGUCAUCAGCGCAGCCAAAACGAUAAAAACUGGGCUCACCAUGGUGGGGAAAGUCGUGACGCAGUUGACGGGCACUCUGCCAUCGGGAGCAACAGAAGAGGAGAUCUUGGCUCACAGCAAUAUCCGGCGGAGUCCCCUGGUACCUGGAAUUGUCACGGUUAUUGAUACCGAGACGGUUGGAGAAGGACAGGUGCUCGUGUCUGAGGACUCGGACAGCGACGGCAUCGUAGCUCACUUCCCCGCCCACGAGAAGCCCAUCUGUUGUAUGUCUUUCAACCCGAGUGGUAUGCUCCUGGUCACGGCAGACACGCCGGGCCACGACUUCCACGUCUUCCAAAUCCUGACCCACCCCUGGUCGUCUUCGCAAAGCGCCGUCCAUCACUUGUACACGUUACACCGCGGGGAGACGGAAGCCAAAGUGCAAGACAUCUCCUUCAGCCACGACUGCCGCUGGGUGGUGGUCAGCACCCUCCGAGGCACCUCCCACGUCUUCCCCAUCAACCCGUACGGAGGGCAGCCCUGCGUCCGCACACACAUGUCACCGCGGGUCGUCAACCGCAUGAGCCGCUUCCAGAAGAGCGCCGGGCUGGAGGAGAUCGAACAGGAGCUGACCACCAAGCAAGGAGGCCGCUGUAGCCCUGUCCCGGGGCUGUCGAGCAGCCCGUCCGGAUCUCCGCUUCACGGAAAACUGAACAGUCAAGACACUUACAACAAUUUCACCAACAAUAAUACCGGCAACCCUCGCCUUUCCCCGCUUCCAAGCCUGACCGUGGUGGUGCCUCUCGCGCAAAUCAAGCAGCCCAUGACUUUAGGAACCAUCACCAAGCGCACGGGCAAAAGCAAGCCGGCUCCGCAAAUCUCACCCAGCAAAUCGGCGGGAGGCGAAUUCUGCGUCGCUGCCGUCUUCGGGUCGUCGAGGUCUUGGUUUGCAAGCAACCCUGGCCUUAAAAGAGAGAAAGAUCAGUCCAAGCAGUUUGUCGUGGAGUCUCUGUACAUCAUCAGCUGCUACGGGACCUUGGUGGAGCACGUGCUUGAGCCUCGGCCUCUCAGCACCGCCACGAAGAUCAGUGACGACACCCCGCUGGAGAUGGUGACUUGCCCGAGGGCGAGCUGGACGCUUGUCAGGACUCCCCAGUGGAAUGAACUGCAGCCGCCCUUUAACUUGAACCAUCCUCUGCUCCUGGCUGCUGAUUCGGUGCAGUGCUACCAGUAUCUGCUCGUGGGCUUGGUUCCACUAGGAAGUCCAGGACCCAUCACUCGGCACGAAUCCUACGACAGUUUAGCGUCUGAUCACAGCGGGCAGGAAGAUGAAGAAUGGCUUUCUCAGGUUGAAAUUGUGACUCACACCGGGCCUCACCGGCGCCUGUGGAUGGGACCCCAGUUCCACUUCAAGACCAUCCACCCCUCCGGCCAAACGACGGUUAUUUCCUCCAGUUCCUCCGUUCUCCAGUCUCACGGCCCGAACGACACCCCGCAGCCUCUGCUGGAUUUUGAUACUGACGACCUGGAUCUCAACAGUCUCAGGAUCCAGCCCGUUCGCUCCGAACCCGUUAGCAUGCCGGGGUCAUCGCGCCCAACGUCUGACCGCCGGGGAAUUUCUACCGCGGCUGAUGCUACCUCAGGUACCUUCGACCGGAGCAUGACCCUGCUGGAGGUCUGCGGGAGCUGGCCCGAAAGUUUCGGGCUCCGUCACUUGUCUUCCAUCGAACAAACCGACGAGGGCCUCCGGGAACGGCUGGCCGACGCCAUGUCCGAGUCGCCCGGUCGGGACAUAGUGGGAUCUGGAACAGAGCUUCAGCGAGAAGGAAGCAUCGAGACACUCAGUAACAGCUCAGGCUCCACCAGCGGCAGCAUUCCACGGACCUUCGACGGUUACCGGUCACCUCUCCCGACCAAUGAGAGCCAGCCACUGAGCCUCUUCCCGACUGGCUUCCCUUAAAUGGUUUCUGACGUUCCCGGAGAGAAAUCUGACGGGCCGACGGGGCCGACGCUCCACGUGGACUCUCGAUGCGCAUUUAUCCCAAUGGUUGGUUCCGAAGACGGUUCAACACAACAAAUAUUGACGCUUGUCCUUCUGGAACUCUUAUGAACAAAAUGCUGAAUUUGCUCUACCGUGCAAUAUAAAUGGGGACAUUUUUCUCUUUUGAUCCUAAUGGCUUUCUAGCAACCCACACCCCACCCCACCCCUCCAUGAAUACGGGGAAACGGCUGCUUAAAGAAGGAUUUUAAACAUGUUUGGGUCCUUUUUACCAUAACCGGAUUUUACUGCCACCCCGAGCCGAGACCUGGGGCACGUCUACACUAUGCCUUAUCCCAGGGAUAGCCCCAGGGUCAUCCACAUGAUGCACAAGGGAUCCCGGGAGCAGGGAGGGAUGAUGCCUCCAUUUCACAGGGAUAACCGGAACAGCUUUUAUCCCAACUUUUCCCGCGGUCUCGGGAUAGUCCCGAGACCGCGGGAGGUGUGGGUGGCCAUCCCGGUUUCGUCCCGGCUUCUCGAAUAAACGCGAGGAGCCAGGA